CGGAGAACUGGACCGAUACCCGUGAGACGCUGCUGGAGGGGAUGCUCUUCAGUCUCAAGUACAUGGGCAUGACGCUGGUGGAACAGCCCAAGGGAGAGGAGCUCUCUGCGGCCGCCGUCAAAAGGAUCGUCGCCACCGCGAAAGCAAGUGGGAAGAAACUGCAGAAAGUGACUCUGAAAGUCUCACCCCGAGGAAUUGUGUUAAAUGACAGCGGAACGAACGAGCUGAUUGAGAACAUCUCCAUAUACAGGAUAUCCUACUGCACGGCAGACAAGAUCCACGAUAAAGUGUUUGCCUACAUUGCCCAGAACCAGCUCAAUGAGAACCUGGAGUGCCAUGCCUUCCUCUGUACCAAACGGAAAAUGGCACAAGCAGUCACCCUCACCGUAGCCCAGGCUUUCAGAAUCGCAUUUGAGUUCUGGCAAGCGGCUAAGGAAGAGAAGGAGAAGCGGGAAAGGUCCAUCUCAGAAGGAGAAGGGACGAGCAGCCCCAGCUUGGAUGCCCCCGCCUGUCCUGACACAUCAGCAGCCACAGGGAACUUGCUGGAUUUAGAAGAUCCUGCCAAAUCGCCCCUGACCAGCAGCGCAAACUCCCCACACUUAGGUAACAACACGUUUGGCUCCAGCUCCUCUGUAAACAACGACGUGGUGUGGGAAAUGGAUGAUGGUCUCGACGAGGCAUUUUCAAGACUGGCUCAGUCGAGAACAAACCCUCACGUCCUCGACACGGGACUGACGGCUCAAGACAUGCAGAGUGCAGAAACGCUCUCCCCUGUAGACUGGAACAAAAUGGAUUCCAACACGGGCGAGAAAGAUGAUCUGUUCAUGUUUUGAGGUCAAAUGCAUCGAAGAGCUGACAAGAGAAUAACCACUAAAAGUCUAUGGACUGCAUCAUGCUGUUCCGGGUGCUGUAUGCAAGGGACUCUUCUGAGGGCUUUUCACCAAGUCAGAUGAUGUUACAGCACAGUUUAGACCAAAGCUUUAGAAAUCUAAUGCAGAUUUUUGUACCUUGCUUUUAUCUAAACCACGAGAUGCUCUUGAACAUAUUUAUUCAUAGCUGUUACAGUUUACAUGUAUUAUUGGCAGGUGUGUAGAGCAUCUACAGUAUUAGGUGGCAAUAUACCAUGGAAGAACCUUCAGCAGUGCCUGUUCCUCUCUGAAAAAAAGACUAUGCAACACCAAAGUCUCUCUGUAUAUACUUUUCUAGACAAAGGUCUGCAGAUGCAAAUACAAUUGCAAGCACAACUGUUACUAAUCCACUGUUCCUUGAAGAACACAUCACCUGCCUA